UUCCUCUGUACGAGGCGCAUACACGCGGCGAAGCGCACGCGGACAAAGCGGACGUUGCGCGUGCACCACUUCCUUUCUCUUCCGCAGCUCGCAACGCCUCAGCAUGCCGCCCAAGGAUAGCAAGCAGAAGAAGGACGCCGGCAAGUCCAAAAAGGAAAAGGAUCCCGUCAAUAAAUCAGGAGGCAAAGCUAAGAAGAAGAAGUGGUCCAAAGGAAAGGUGAGGGACAAGCUGAACAACCUGGUCCUGUUUGACAAGGCCACGUAUGACAAACUGUACAAAGAAGUUCCCAACUACAAGCUCAUCACACCCGCUGUGGUAUCUGAGAGGCUGAAGAUCAGGGGCUCGCUGGCCAGGGCUGCCCUGCAGGAGCUGAUGGGCAAAGGUUUGAUCAAGCUGGUGUCCAAGCACAGGGCUCAGGUGAUCUACACCAGAAACACCAAGGGCACGGAUGAGGUUCCUCCAGAGAAGGAAGCAUAACAUGAUCCCACCCUGGCUUGCGUUGUGUUUUUGUAUAGGUAAAUAAACAACAACAAAAUGGAA